GUAUUUAUAACUCCGGCAAGUUUCUUGUCAAAAUAAACGAUUUAGAAUCGUUUGGUGUAUUUCAUUUGAUUUUAUACAUUUAAAAAAAAAAGUGAGAAUGUCCGAUCAGGAAGAUCUAAGCGACCAAGAAAUGGAUGUUGAUGAUCAAGACACGGACGAAGUAGAUGAAGAUUUAUCACCGGACAGCGGUGAUUCAGACAUCGACGCAGAAGUGCAGCUGUAUGAAAACUAUGCCAAAAUUCUAAGUCAAAUCUCGACCGCAAGCUACGUUUACGACUAUUACGUUGAAUUGGUCACGGUGGCACAUCAACUUAACGAUUUGGAUAAAAUACGUGAAAGUAGCGAGCUGUUCAGCACACAAUUCCCGUUGGCACCAGAGAUUUGGACGAAAUGGCUACAAAUUGAAUUGACCAUAGCAACCAGUGAAAAUGAGCUGAAACGCGUAGAAGGUCUAUUUAAACGGGCUCUCGGCGAUUACUUUUCUGUCACAGUUGGUGGUCUGCACGCACAAUUGGCGGUGAAAAUGUUGAAUCCACAGGAAACAUGGGAUGAAAUACUUGCUACAUAUACUUUGGAUUGCAUGGAAGGUAGUACAUUUUUUAAAGAUUGGCGAAAUUACUACAUCAAACAUGUGCCAGAGUCACCCGAAAAAGUGAAGAAAUUACUGGAAGUGUUCACAUACGAAUUGUCAAUACCAUUGGCCGGUAUACAAGAAGCAUAUGCGGAAUUUUGUGAAUUUGUUGACAAAUACAACGAGGAAGUGGAAUGGGAAAAAAUCAACGAGACAUACCACAAAUCGAAGGAUAAUUUGUAUGAAAUUCUCACAUUCGAACAACAAUUGGUGGAUCUAGAUGAUAAAGAACACCAUAAAAGAGCAUCGAUCUAUUUGGAUUAUAUUGACAAGUGUAAAAGUUUUAAGAGUGAUCGCAUGGUUCAGAUUCUGUACGAGCGAAUGGUUACUGCAUGUUGUUUGAGUGCUUCAACUUGGAUCAAAUAUGUGAAAUAUCUCAAAAAUCGUGAGACUGUUCCGGAUGUAAGUGAAAAAUCUCUGAUUUUCAAACAAACAGCAUUGGAUGUUCUGACUCGUGCAUUGCGCAAUUGCACAUGGAGUGCUGAAUUGUACGUCGAAAAGAUGCGAUUGUCGGAGAAAGCAGGCAUCGCAAAGAGUGAUGUCACUGAAAUUGCACAACAAGCAUUCGAAGCAACAAAUAAUGAUGUCAAAGGUCAUUUGAAUGUAUGGAUGGAAUAUUUAUCAUUCAUCAAUCGAAAUACAAAUGUCACCGAUGAAAAAGAAGUGGAAAUUUUACGAAAAACGAUGGAAUUGGGCCAGAACUCAUUGGCCACGCGAGAAGCCGACGCACACAAUGAAUUUGAUCAACUUUGCGCUCGCAUCGAAUAUGGAGCAUUGAAAAAUGGCGAUAAAGGCUUUCAAUAUUAUGACUUAGCCAUAAAGAAUAACUUAAAUCAAAAUAAAGCAACUUUGUGGAUUGACUUUGCUCAUUUGGAAUUGAAUAGAGGCGUUGAUGCCGCACGAAAAAUUUACCGUCGAGCCAUCAAAGUUAAGAAUAUCGAUGAUUUUGACGCCGUGAUGUCAGCAUGGAAAAUUUUUGAAUACGCAUACGGUACAUUGGAUCAAAUCUGCGAUUGCAAUGAAAUGUGUGCGAAAAUUAUUGAAAAUUACAAUAAACACUAUGCCAUCAAGGCAAAGGUGCAAAAACGUAAACCAGAAACGGAGAAUGACUCAAAGGUUGUCCAAAAGAAACAGAAAACAUUCGAUGACAGAGCACCAAAACCAGUUAAAAAAGUGGAGGUCAAAAAACCAGAACCCAAACAACCAGAGAUCAAACAGCAAGAGAUGGGGCAAGAGAACAAGCCAGACUUCGGUGAAAAGGAUGAUGUGUCGAUUUUCUUGAGUAACUUGGCAUUUGAUAUCUCCAAAGAGCAGAUCAUUGCUGCUUUCCCAGAAUUGAAUAUCAAGGAUGUUACUAUGGUGAUUGGACCUGGUGGUCGUAGCAAAGGUUAUGGAUAUGCUGAGCUCGGAAAUCCAUCGGAAGUGGAAAAAGCAAUCAAAUUUGAUCGCCGCCCCAUCGGUGGCCGUCCGGUAUUCAUUAAAAAGGUUUUGCGCGACAAAAACAUACGCAGCACAUUUAAAUACUCUGAAGGAAAAGAAUCGAAUAAAAUCUUCAUCAAGGGCCUACCAUUCAAUACUACUCAAGACGAAUUACAAAUUCUCUUUGGCACUUUUGGAAAAAUUAAAGACACUCGAUUGGUUACUAAAAAAGAUGGUAAAUUCAAAGGUAUUGCUUUCAUCGACUUUGAAUCAGACACGGCCGCCAACAAAGCCGUCGAAACUAUGAAUUCGUUCGACUUGAGAGGUUUUACGAUCAUUGUAGCCAUAUCCGAUCCACCACCAAAAUCUACAGAUAACGCACGACCAAUGAAUUUCAAUUCAAAUACUUUACCAAGUUUAAGAGGGCCAAGAAGUGAUGCUAAGCCGCGCCUUACCUUUAUUCCAACGUCAGUGCAACGUAAUGUCGCGAAGCCAUCAACUUCAUCAAAUGGAACCACUGGAACUGAGCCAACUACAUCAAAAUCAAACGAUUACUUCCGUCAAUUAUUAAAUAAAAAAAUGGCAAUUAGCGAGCAAAAACGAUUGUUUAUUGGAAAUCUUCCGCCUGAUAUUCAAGAGCAUGAACUGAAACAAGAGUUUGCAUACUACGGUGCCGUCAAUAAAGUUGAAAUCAAGACGAAGAAAACGCCGGAUUCAGAUGAAGUACAGACUACAUUCGCUUUUAUCACAAUUGGACUUGAUGAUCGUACGCUGCGUCAAUGCUUGCAAGAGUUUAAAGAGCAAAAAUAUCGUGGCCGACAGUUGCAAGUUACAGUUGCCCGUGAGAAUUUUUUGGAAAAAUUGAAGCGAGAACGAGAAGAGGCCGCACAAUUUAAAGAAAAAAAAAAUGAAUCGACACAAAUUCAAGUGGAAACAGUAAAAGCAGUGCUUCCAACACUUUCAACAGGAGAUUCAUCUAGUUCCGAGAGUAGUAGUUCGGAUGAGAGCAGCGAAGAUGAGAGUCCAUCGCAACAAAAUAAAUCGAUCGCCCAACAAAAUGGCUCCAAAAAGUUUAAAUCAUCGUCAGAAAGCAGUGAUAGUGAGUCGGAUUCAAAUAAAAAUGAAGACAAUCUUGUUUUGAAAAAAAAGUCGAAAAUGUUCGUUGAAAAUGGAAAGAUAAAAAUCGAUCGUUCAGUUUCGAGUGGAGAAGCAAUUCAUAUUAUUGAAUCGAAGGCGCAAAAGACCAACAAAAGGGAAUUGGAUGAAAAAUCGAAGAAAGCAGAUCAAAAACGAAUGGAAUCAUUGAAUAAGAUGAAAAAUUCAUACAAUGAACAGAAAUUGGCCAUCAAGAAGGCAUUGGCUGGAGUUGAUUCCGGCAAGAAAAGCAACAAGAUUGUGUUUGAAGAUGAUGAUGAUGAUGAAACUCCCAUUUCGAGUCAGUCAACAAAAUCGAUAAACCAAACAAAGUCAAAGGAAAAUAAAUCAAUGGAAAAGAAGCGAAAUCUGUUUGACGAUGCGGACGACAGCGAUAAUGAACAGGGCUACGAGGGUAAUUUCGAAAUAAAACAUCAAUUCGAGGGAAAAAAAGGCGAGAAACUAAGGAGACUGCAGGAUCGUUUCCAAGGUGAUAGUCGUUUCAAAAUGGAUUCCAAGUUCUUGGAAGGUGAAAGCGAUGAAAGUGAAAAUGACGAAGCAACUGCAAAACAGAAUGGAGAAGAAGCGACCACAAAAAGCAGCGAUGACAUCGAAACGAAUGAGUUUGAUGAACGUCAAUGGCAAUUAAAUAUUUUAGAAAGUGUCAUCGGUAAGAAGGUGGCUAGCAAAACGUCAAAGGAGAAAAAAGCACCACCAUCUAUGUUACGAUUCGAUCCAACUCGUGCCGAACACACAAAGUUCAUUGAGCCAAAAGUAAAGAAGCGAAAAUCAAAAGCAAUCGCCGAACCCGAAUCGAAACGACUGAAGACUGAAGAUGAAUAUGUUGAAAAAGAAACGGAAAAAAGUGAGCCAAUUGUUUCGAUGGAACAUUUCUACGAAGUCAGGGGUGAUCUUAAAAAAUCGUUGGGUUCUGGCGGAUUUAGUUUAUUGAGUAUGUUCAACAGACCAGCGGAGAAUACAGAUGCAACAACAACGACGACGCCAAGCAAACCAUACGAGGAAAAAUUGAUUGCCAAAAAUGGCGUAAAAUUCUUAGCAGAUUUCGAUCCAUUUAAAUACGAUUCAUCCGGCGACGAAGCAGAUAAUGAUAAAAAGGAAAGCACCACUGUUCCGAAGCCGGAUGGUGAGAAAUCAGGCCUAAAAUAUGAAUCAUUUUUCACAUUGAGUUCAGCUGAUGAACGUGUAUCAGAGGGUAUGACUUUCUUCGCUGCACCUGAACCGAUCGAAAAUCAAGAGACCAAUACAGCAGAUUAUGAUGAUGCACAAAGACAGGAACUAAAGAACAUAGUUAAACGAAAAAUUAAAAAAUCCAUACAAAAUGCAUUGCCACGAAAUGCCAAACCGAAUAAACGAUUUAAGAGGUUCGCCAAAAAUCUGUAAAAGUUUAUUCUAAUCAAUUGUUUUUAAAAUCAAACGAACGUUUGUUAAGUAUUUUGAUGGAUAUUCAUUUAUUGCAUAGGUCAUUAGUGGUACAUUGUAUAAUGAAAUAAUUAAAUCGCUAUUUUCUAUA